AUGGGCGGAGAGCUAAUGGUUUCCCGGUCACAGGCAGAAAAUGAUUUCAUCAAGAGUUUGAUUGAAGACAACGGGGAGGACCACUGGAUCGAUUGCCAUGACAUGAACACUGAGAGGCACUGCAGCUCCCAAAGUAUCUGCGGGCUAGGCUGGAGCAAGUGGGGUGACACCUGCUACGCUCGCACUGACGAACCGUUGAGCUGGACCGAAGCUAGGGAGAGAUGCAGCAAGAUGGGCGGAGAGAUUAUGGCUCCUCAGUCACAGGCAGAAAAUGAAUCAGUCAGGAGAUUGAUUGAAGACAGCCAAGAGGACCACUGGAUCGACUGCAAUGACAUGAAGACGGAGAGGCAGUGGGUUUGCGGUGGUGACAGCAUGCAGACUUACAGGAAUUGGACAUUAUACGAGCCCAACUACAGUGGAAGCGGUCCUCACUGUGCAAGAAUGAUUCCAACGGGUGUAUGGAGAGACUACUCUUGCAGUGGUUUUUACUACGCUGUCUGUAAGUAUCACAUCGGCGAGGUUGAUUUUCAAAUGCGGUCGUGGCGACUUCUGUCAUCCUGCUUGAUGGAUCACGUGAUUUGCGAGUUUUCGGUUCCAAGCAUCAACGGCUGCGCAGUGAAGUGUUCCAAGAAGUCCGGUUGUCAGUCGUUCAACGUGCUUCAUCAAGGUGAUAAGAGAAUCUGCCAGUUGAAUGACGCAAAGCGAUUCGAUGUAAACAAAGAGGAAUUUGUUCAAAUGACCAAACCUCUGAGCAUCUACGGUGAACAAUUGACGUCACUCCGUGAGUAAUAAUACGUCGUACUAAGACACUACGUACUAAGAUACGGUACUAACA